CUUAAAAUUGCAUUUCACUAGUCAGCAUUGCAGUUUACAGCACAAGCAAGGACGAACUUGAAGCUCCUGCAAUGGAGGCGCCGCCAUUUUCGUUUUCUUCAUCGCAAUCCCUCGCAUUUCGAUCCUCGUCCUCUUCUUCUCUUCUAUUUCUACGUGCUAAUCUCAGAAGAAAUCGCCUCAACCUCAAAUCCCCCAGAAAUUUAUCAGUCCGCGCCUCCUCUAAUGGCGAUUCCGUUGUGACUCUUCUUGACUACGGCGCUGGAAAUGUCCGUAGUCUCCGCAAUGCAAUUCGCUACCUCGGCUUCGACAUCAAAGAUGUACAAACUCCAGAAGACAUAGUGAACGCAAAUAGACUGAUAUUUCCUGGGGUGGGGGCUUUUGCUGCGGCCAUGGAUGUGCUGACCAAGAAAGGAUUGGUUGAAGCACUCUGUGCUUAUAUUGAGAAAGAUAGGCCAUUCCUAGGCAUAUGCCUUGGACUUCAGCUACUUUUCGAGUCCAGUGAGGAGAACGGACCAGUAAAUGGUCUCGGCUUGAUUCCGGGUGUGGUUCAGCGUUUCGAUUCAUCAAAUGGUUUCAGAGUUCCCCAUAUUGGAUGGAACGCUCUGCAGAUAAGGAAAGACUCUGAAAUAUUGAAUGAUGUUGGAGACUACCACGUCUAUUUUGUUCACUCUUACAGAGCCAUGCCUUCAGAUAAAAACAAAGAUUGGAUAUCAUCGACCUGCAACUAUGGCGACAAUUUCAUAGCAUCUGUUAGAAGGGGAAAUGUGCAUGCAGUACAAUUCCAUCCAGAAAAGAGUGGAGAUGUUGGUCUUUCUGUAUUAAGACGAUUUUUGAAACCAAAGUCACCCAUGGCAAAGAAGCUUCCUGAAGGAAAGGCUUCGAAACUUGCAAAAAGGGUAAUUGCUUGUCUGGAUGUGAGGACGAAUGACAAAGGAGAUCUUGUUGUCACCAAAGGAGACCAAUAUGAUGUGAGAGAGCAUACAAAAGAGAAUGAGGUGAGAAACCUGGGCAAGCCGGUUGAGCUUGCUGGACAAUAUUACAAAGAUGGCGCUGAUGAGGUCACUUUCCUGAAUAUUACUGGUUUCCGCGACUUCCCAUUGGGCGACUUGCCAAUGUUGCAGGUAUUGAGAUACACAUCAGAAAAUGUUUUUGUCCCACUAACAGUUGGAGGAGGAAUUAGAGAUUUUACAGACGUAAAUGGGAGGCACCAUUCUAGCUUGGAAGUUGCUUCAGAAUACUUUAGAUCUGGAGCUGAUAAGAUUUCCAUCGGAAGUGAUGCUGUUUAUGCUGCAGAGGAGUAUUUAAGAACUGGAGUAAAAACUGGAAAGAGCAGUUUAGAGCAGAUUUCUAAAGUUUAUGGAAAUCAGGCAGUGGUUGUGAGCAUUGACCCUCGCAGAGUGUACGUUAAAGAGCCCAAUGAUGUGGAGUUCAAGACUGUAAGAGUAAAGAACCUAGGUCCAAAUGGUGAAGAAUUCGCAUGGUACCAGUGUACAGUAAGUGGUGGGCGAGAAGGUCGACCAAUUGGAGCUUAUGAGCUUGCACAAGCAGUGGAGGAGCUUGGAGCUGGAGAAAUACUGCUAAACUGCAUUGAUUGCGAUGGUCAAGAUGCCUUCCUUCGUCCUUCAGACGUUUCUGUUACAUGGCAAGGAAAUGGAUUCGAUAUAGAAUUAGUAAAGUUAAUAUCAGAUGCUGUGAGCAUCCCUGUGAUCGCUAGCAGCGGUGCCGGCGCUGUUGAACACUUUUCAGAGGUAUUCAACAACACAAGCGCGUCUGCCGCCCUCGCUGCCGGCAUUUUCCAUCGGAAGGAGGUGCCUAUUCAGUCUGUGAAAGAGCAUUUGUUGAACAAAGGCAUAGAAGUCAGAAUCUAAUCAUUUCAUUGCUGAUAAAAGCUUCAUGACGUGGGCUAUAGAGCGUCUGUUUCCACCAAUUGUCCUUGCUGUAGCAGAAAAGAAAAGAAAAAUGAAAAACGACGAGUCCUAGUUUUGUUCAGCUCCUUUUGUCGUCAUCUGUAAGACCAGAAUGAAGUCUGCUAUUUGUCGUCCUUCAUAGUUCUGGACAUGAUAUUCCUGAAAUGCAUAGUUUUUUUUCCCCCCUUUUAAUAAAUAACAGUUCAGAGUG